GGGCUAAAGACAUAUUGAGAGCCUACUCUGACAUGAGGGAAGCCAGUUACAAAAAUUCAGACAAAUACUUCCAUGCUCGAGGGAACUAUGAUGCAGACCAAAGGGGACCUGGGGGUGCCUGGACUGCUAAAGUGAUCAG